AUGGCCAAACCUAAAUUCAGCAACAUUUUGCCUAAUACAUAUGUGCCAGUUCUAUCGAAAAAAGUUCUAGCGACAGUCUUGUUGCGUCUCCCAAAAUCCAGUAUCCUUUCGCUUGUUCUGCUUUGGCCACAACUCAAAAACACCCAGCCGUUAUUGAGAGACACCAAAUUGUCCCAAAAGGAGUACAACCGGCUAGUUCGCGAUGAAGCGAAACAGAUGCGGGCCGAAGGAUCUAAGUGGAAGAAGGCAAAGCUUGUGGAUCGCAUUUUGUUUGAGUACUGGCCCAACGGAUUGAAUUUGCUUCAGUUGGCCCAGAUCGAUUGUCAGUUGAUUGUUGAUAACCCAAACGCAUACUACUGGAUUCUGUCUACUGUGAAAGACGCCUGGGGCGCCCAGGCAUCACUUUCUUUGGAUCCGCUGCUGUUCUUGAACCGCUUGGCCAGGGAAUUGGGCAAGAUGUUCAUGUCUUACAUUUACGUUUGUACACACCCCAAUAUGCCCUUGAUUCUUAUCCGAAUCCAGGUGUUUGAUCUUCUUCCCUUUGGGAGACAAUCCUCUCGGAAUCCGGAAAUGCAGAAGUCGCAUAUCACCUCACACAAGCCUUAUUUCUUGGCUGUGCCAAUGAAUUCUCCACAUUUGAUCCACAGCCCAGGAAACGACCUUGUGUCUGAAAUUGUCCUUCAGGUUGUCGAAUCCAGCUUAUCCAAAUCUCCAAGAGAAGUUCUCCGCUUGGAAACACCAUCAUCUCAGAAGGCCGUGCGCUCUCUUGAGUCAAUGCAUAUCCUUAAAGGAUGUUCCCGAUUUGCAAAUAGCAUGGGUCCAUGGAUCCCGUACGCCGAUGGAGAAGCGGAUAUUUCACCUUUGGCAUCGUUGGAAGACCAUCCUGUGAUUCUGAGCCAAAGUGAAGUAUGUUCUUCUGCAGAAGAAAAACUCUUGAAGUCCGCCAACAUUCGUUUUAAGGGCACAGCGUCAGGCACAAUUAAAUCUGAUGUUCUUUUCGAGGAUAACAAAUCACUUCGUAAACGGAGAAAGCUGCACACGGAAGAUGAAGAAGGUCUACCUCCAAGAACAAUUAGGAAAAGUCAGUUCGCUUCCAUCGCCCCAAUUCGCUUUGCUGAGUUCACUAUACAAAAUGAUCUUCCAUCGGAUGAACACUCAAAUGAAGAUUCAAAUGGUCCUUCGAACGUGAUCUUAAAACUUGUCGGGAAUGACGUUUUCGCUGGACUACAUGAGUUAGCAACAAAAUCUACAGACCCUAAGAAGCUGGUCGUAGAUCCAAGUAAACUACCGGGUUGGCUUACUGGAGAAGAAGGAAUCAGUUGUGGGUUUAUUAGAAACGGCAUUUUUACCCUCGAAUGA